AUGAGAGACAUGAUUGCCUUCCCCUAUUGGUUGCUUUUCUUUCAGUAUGCUUUCAUGCCUCUAUCUAGGGCAGUUAGAGCUUGUUACAAGGAAUGUAACUGUCUCCCAGACAUAAAAUAUGUCAACUGUUCAGAUGGGAAUUUCUCCACUGCUGUCAGCAACUUCCCGUUCAACACAGAGUAUUUAGACCUGUCCAAGAACAUUUUGACAGACCUCCCCCCGGGCUCCUUUGGGGCUCUUUGGGGCCUAAAGGUGUUGCUGUUGAAAGAGAAUAACAUCACCUCUGUGGCUGACAGAGCUUUCAUCAACCUCCAGAGCUUACAAAAGCUGGACCUGAGUCAUAACCACCUCUCCUCCCUGGGGGAUGGCUUCUCCCUGGGCCUGGAUUCCCUGACUGAGCUGUUGCUGGCCCACAAUUACCUCACUGUCCUAGAAACCAGAACUUUCCAGAACUUGGACAGUCUUGUGAAGCUGGAUUUGAGCGCGAAUCUCAUCCGGCAGGUCAAACCAAGAGCUUUGAGCAGCAUGACGGCGCUGCGCCGCCUCUGCUUGGACAGGAACCAGCUCACUACCCUGGAUUUGGACUACUUUUCCACCCUGCGCUCCCUGGAGGUGCUGGAGUUACGAAGGAACCAAAUCAGCAUCGCCGUACCAGGGGUCUUCACUCCACUCUGCAACCUGGCCCUGCUUGACCUCGCCUUCAACCAGCUGUCCAAGCUGCAUUUCAAAACCUUCCAGAGCAUCUGCACCUCAAGUGUCCAUGUCCUCCUGGAGGGCAACCCCUGGGAGUGUGACUGUGAUUUGCAGAGGGUUUUCAAGAAGCUGUCCAGUAUCCGCCGACUAUUUCUGGACGACUACAAGAAUCUGACGUGCAGAGAACCCUCUGAGUUAAAGGGUAGUUUGAUGGUGGAAGUGGAUGAUGAACUUUGUGUAGGUGAGACUGUGAUUGUUCUAUUUUUGACCUUCACAGUUGUGAUAACAGUGGUAGCUGCCGUUGUCGUGGGGGAAAAGAAUAACCAAAAAAAAAAAAAACAAAAAUGGAGUGCUGCUGUGGGAGUGGCGGGGCUUAACGGGGUGUGA